AUCUAUAGAUACCGUGUAUAUCCGAGGAUAUCAUUAGAAACCAAAAAUGGCAGCUGUUGGUGAAAUUCUGAUUGUACCGUUCUUUGGGCAGGGCCACCUCUUUCCUUGCAUGGAGCUCUGCAAGCACCUUGCUUCCCGCAAUUACAAGAUCACCCUCCUCAUUUCCUCCAACCUCUCCUCCUCUGUCCCCUCCUCCCUCAGCCACCAUCCCUUCAUUGAAGUUGUUGAAAUGGACACCUCAUCUCCGCCUCCUCCACCGCCGUCUAUGGCAGAGAGAGCAUCCGGACCCGGACCCGGACCCGGACCCGGACCCCACCCCUUCCAUCUUCGUCACCAGCAAAUGAGCCAGAGUCUGAAAUCCCUUCUAUCAUCCAGAUACGGGUUAGAUUCUGCCAGACCCGUAUGUGCCGUGAUCGAUGUCAUGAUGAGUUGGAGCAAAGAAAUCUUCAUCAAACUCAACAUUCCGGCAGUUUCUUUCUUCUCCUCCGGCGCGUGUGCUGCUGCCAUAGAGUAUGCAGCGUGGAAGGCCGAUGUAGGCAAUACGAAACCGGGUGAGAUCCGAAUCCUUCCUGGGUUACCCGAAGAUAUGGCACUGACUUAUUUGGAUACUAAGCGGCGGCCUGGUGGACCUCCACCCCCACAUAUUGCUGGCAACGAUGGCCCAACUGGACCAGGUGGUCGGAGUGGACUGGGAUUCGAUUCACCUGGACUAGGUGGCCCAAAGGGUUCAGGACCGCCUUUACUGGGUGGCCCGAGUGGACCAGAAUUCAGUUUACCUGGACCGCCUAGACCGGGUGGCUCGAGUGGACCGCCGGGUGGGAUGAAAUUUGGGAUGCCUAAACCGGGUGAGCAACCUCCAUGGAUGAAUGAGGUGGAGGGUUCGAUCGCGUUGUUGAUUAAUACGUGUGAUGAUUUGGAGCGUCCUUUCAUCAAUUAUGUGGCUAAUCAAAUCGAAAAACCGGUCUGGGGUGUUGGCCCACUCUUGCCUGAACAGUAUUGGCAAUCCACCAGUUCAAUUUUGCACGAUCGUGAGAUGAGGCCAAAACGCCAAUCCAAUUACACCGAAGACGAAGUGAUCCAAUGGCUAGAUUCAAAGCCACAUGGGUCUGUUAUCUACGUGUCGUUUGGCAGUGAAGUUGGGCCCACAUUAGAAGAAUAUGCUCAACUGGCGGAUGCACUGGAAGAGUCAACCUGGCCUUUCAUUUGGGUGAUUCAACCCCGUUCAGGAAGAACCGGUCCACCCCCUGAACUGUUGGGUGCUAAACCCGGCUCAGAAGCUGUUGAAGAAGGUUAUUACCCUCAUGGCUUGGAUAGCAAAGUUGGUGAUAGGGGUUUGAUAAUACGCGGAUGGGCACCACAAUUGAUGAUACUGAGCCACCCAUCAACAGGUGGAUUCCUAUCACAUUGUGGAUGGAACUCCACUGUGGAAGCGAUCGGACGUGGGGUCCCAUUUUUAGCUUGGCCCAUUAGGGGUGACCAAUUCUAUGAUGCCAAGUUGGUGGUUUGCCAUCUAAAGGUAGCGUACAUGGUAUCUAACGAUGGUCUAUCAGGAAUGGCGAAAAAGGAGGAUAUUUUGCAAGGAAUUGAGAAGCUAAUGAGUGAUGAAGAGAUUCACAACCGGGCCACGGAGUUGCGCGGCAAAUUCGAGUCCGGUUUUCCAGCGAGUUCAGAGGCUUCUUUGGAUGCUUUUUGUGAUUUUCUAAGCCAACAAGUGACCCCUAAAUGAUAAAUGCAAGGGGACCUUCUGGCGUGGGGUUGUGAAGAUGUUUUAUUGAUGGUUUACAAUGGCGACUUACCAUAUGAAAUAAUGAGGCUUACAAUGUUUUAGUACAUGUGUUUGAUUUCCGGAUGAGGUUGCAUAUGCUAUGAAGCAUGGAUUUAAAAGAAAGCACUCUUAUAAUAUCAAAAUAUUAACCCUUAUCACCGUA